ACUGGAGAGAAGCUGUACAGCUGUUCCGAAUGUGGUAAAGGAUUCUCAUUUUUAGAAAAUGCCUCCCAUGCUGUUAUGACCUCAAAAUGACGCUCCCACAAUUUCUGCAGGUCCAAGAGUGCAAAGCGAAACAGCAGGAGCAGAUGUGACGAGUCUUUGCAGCACCGGUUUUCGCUACUGCAGUCUGAGAAAGGCGACUCCCUCAUAAGUCCGUGUGAGAAGCGAAUCUUAAGAAAAGAAGAGCAAUCACUUGGGGAAGAGAAGAGUUUUACACAGAACAUGGCCUCGAACAGCAUGGAGGAAAGACUGGCCCAUAUUAAAGAAGAGGACUGUGAGUGGGGUGAUCCAGAAGGUGCCUGUGUGAAGUCGGAGGCUUGUGAAGGGAGAAUGACAUUUUUGAAAGAGGAGGAGUGCAAGGGGGAGAUGACUGAAGCUAAAGUGGAGGAUUUGGGAGAUCUCUCGGUUAGUCUUGAGCUGCAAAACCUCAAGACGGGGAAUGUUUUCAAACAGGAGCUUUUUGAAGACUCACAGCGUCGGGUCACUGACACGGAAGAACUGGCUACCCAGGAGAAGUCUGCGGAACUGAAAUCGGAGUUUUCCAACUCUGAAGAGAAAAUCAGUAAAGGAAGCCAGAAAAAAGAAGAAGAGCAGAUGUCAUCUAAGAAUGUGGGAAUGAAUUUCCAAGAGAGUGUCGGCUUAUCAUUGUCUUCAUUUGCUCGGACCUCAACUCAGUUGAGACUGCAAAAGAUGAAGAAAUCAACAAGAGGAUCUGAGAAUAUGACCGCAGACUCUUUGCCAUGCAGUUCUCUUCCUUUGAAAAAAGCCACCAGUUCUGACCAACAACAAGGCCAGAGCACAGAUCCAGAUGCUUUUUAUGCUGGUCGAGAGUGCAGACAGACUGUUAAAAAUGAAUCUGACUGCAAAGAUAACAAGUCGAUUCAUACAAGACCGAAGCCAUAUUGCUGUUCUGAAUGUGGUAAACGAUUCCUCUAUGAGAGCAGGUUUCAGGCACACAUAAGAAAACAUACUGAAGAAAACCCUCAUUGCUGCUCUGAAUGUGGAAUGCAAUUUUUUAACAGUUAUACUCUCCAGCUCCAUGAAAGAAUCCACAGUGGAGAAAAGUCGUAUGAGUGUGCUGAAUGUGGAAAAAGAUUCAUUGAAAGUAGCCGUCUUCAGAGGCACAAAAGAAUUCAUACUGGAGAAAAGCCAUAUUGCUGUACUGAAUGUGGCAAAAGAUUUGUCUAUGAGAGCUGGUUUCAGGCACACACAAGAAAACAUGCUGAAGAAAAUCCUCAUUGCUGCUCUGAAUGUGGAAAGCAGUUUUUUAACAGUUACACUCUCCAGAUCCAUAAAAGAAUCCACACUGGAGAAAAGCCAUUUGAGUGUGCUGAAUGUGGAAAACGAUUCAUUAAAAGCAGCCGUCUUCACAGCCACAAAAGAAUUCAUACUGGAGAAAAGCCGUAUUGCUGUUCUGAAUGUGGCAAACGAUUCAGCAGAAGUUGCCAUCUUCAGAGACACUCUAGAAUUCAUACUGGAGAAAAGCCGUAUUGCUGCUCUGAGUGUGGAAAGCAAUUUUUUUACAGUUCCUGUCUCCAAGUCCAUAAAAGAAUCCACAGUGGAGAAAAGCCGUAUGGGUGUGUUGAAUGUGGAAAGCGAUUCAUUAAAACUAGCCAUCUUCAGAGCCACUCAAGAAUUCAUACUGGAGAGAAGCCGUAUUGCUGUGCUGACUGUGGCAAACGAUUCACCAUCAGUGGCCAUCUUCAGAGACACAGAACAAUUCAUACUGUAGAAAAGCCCCAUUGUUGUUCUGAAUGUGGCAAAGGAUUCAAACAUAACAGCAGUCUUCAGACACACAUAAAAAUUCAUCUAAGGCAAAAAUAAGAAAUGAAGCAAAAUGACACCUGUUAUUGUUUAACUGAACAGACUGCAACAUGCACGCUUUCAAGGCAACUCGGGCCCCUUCUUAAGGCAAGUUAUUAAAGGGAAUGAGAGCUGUAGUAGUACAAUUAAACAGUCACAACUGAA